UUCUUCACAUUCAUUCAAGCAGUUCGUUGUGUCGACGUAAUGUUCAAACUAUUGCAUAUAUCCAAUAAAGGAGUUGUAAGACAUCGCCUGAAUUAUGGGAUAAAUGUAAAAUACAACAUUCUCCGACGGAUGUCAUCAAAAUUGGCGAAUGCAUACCAACCCAAAGUGGUGGAGCAUGGAAAAGUGGACAAGUUGUGCAGCUCAGCCGACAUGAAGGGCAAAUGUAAACCAGGCACCUACCGCAUGCUCUUACCUCCCCCGAAUGUAACGGGCAGCCUGCAUUUGGGUCAUGCACUAAUGGCAACCAUACAGGAUGUAAUAAGCCGGCAAAAAAGACAGUUGGGAUAUGACGUCCUUUGGAUACCGGGUACGGAUCAUGCUGGUAUCGCCACACAGGUGGUUGUGGAGAAAAAGUUACUCAAAGAAAGAGGGCUUUCACGUCAUGAACUAGGAAGGGAUGACUUUUUAAAAGAAGUGUGGAAGUGGAAGCAGGAGAAAGGAGAUGGAAUAGUAGAAGACCUUAAAAAACUAGGUUGUACGCUGUCAUGGGAUAGAGAGUAUUUUACAAUGGAUGAGCGCCAGGCAUAUGCGGUCAAUGAGGCGUUUAUUCGUCUUUUCGAAGAAGGUCUAAUUGAGCGCAAAGAGUCUCUUGUCAACUGGUCUUGUACCUUGCAAUCGGCUAUUUCUGAUAUUGAAGUGGAAACAUUAGAUCUAAAAGGACCUACUGAAUUAUCAGUGCCUGGCUAUGAAAAAAACAUAACAUUUGGUCGCAUGUAUGACAUUAGCUAUAGGAUAAUGAACGUUACUGAACCUGAGUACAUUAAAGUUUCAACUACACGUCCCGAAACAUUAUUGGGCGAUGUUGCUGUGGCAGUAAACCCAACUGAUGAGCGCUACCAGAAGUAUCGCAAUAUGCCCGAAGUGCUUUUAUGGCAUCCAUUCCGCGAAGAACCUAUACCGCUGAUAUUCGAUGUUUCUGUUGAACCAGAGUUCGGUACGGGUGCUGUUAAGAUAACGCCUGCACAUGAUCGCAAUGAUUUCGACUUGGCUCAGCGCCAUUUGCUUAAACCAAUACAGGUUUUUUCGGAGCAAGGUUUAAUCAAUGAUGAUUUUAAGGCGUUUUCGCAUAAACCAAGAUUCGAAGCCAGAGAAAUGAUUUUACAGAAGCUGGCGGAGCUACAUCUUUUGCAUGACAUCCAUGAUCAUGCCAUGCAAUUGCCCAUAUGUUCGCGUUCCAAGGAUGUAAUCGAAUACAUGUUACGUGAGCAAUGGUUUUUACACUGCCAAUCAAUGGCCGAUGAAGCUCUUGCAGAAGUCUUAAGUGGACGACUGCAGAUAGUUCCUCCCAAUUUUGAAAUUGAAUGGCAAAGAUGGUUAGAAAACUGCCACGAUUGGUGUAUAUCACGUCAACUUUGGUGGGGCCAUCAGAUACCGGCAUACAAGGCCACAAAUUGCAGUGAUGGCAAAACAAUUUGGGUGGCUGCUCACUCGGAACAGGAAGCUCUGAUCAAAUCCCGUGAGAAAUUAGGAUCAGCGGAUAUUGCCCUUGCGAGGGAUUUGGAUGUAUUAGAUACAUGGUUUUCUUCAGCCCUCUUGCCGUUUUCUGCCUCCAAUUGGCCAUUGGAAGAGUACAAAAAACAUUAUCCUUUGGAUUUAAUGGAGACUGGUCAUGAUAUUCUCUUCUUUUGGGUUGCACGCAUGGUAAUGCUGGGCUUAAAACUGACUGGCUCGGCCCCAUUCAAAAAGAUCCUACUUAACGGCAUUGUUUGUGAUGCUCACGGGCGUAAAAUGUCGAAAAGUUUGGGCAACGUCGUUACCCCACAACAAGUUGUUCAAGGUGCUUCCCUCAAGUCCUUGGAACAAGAGCUGCAGGCGGCCCACAAGGCAGGUGUUCUCAGUCAAGGAGAAGUAAAGAAGUCUAUUAAAGGAUUGCAACACAUGUUUCCUCAAGGCAUACAGGAAUGUGGUACAGAUGCUUUGCGUUUUACCCUCUGCAGUCAUAACAUAAAGAGUCAUUUCAUUAAUUUCGAUAUCAACGAAUGCUAUACCAACAAACUAUUUUUGAAUAAAAUUUGGCAAGCCACCAGAUUUACUUUAGGAGCAGCCGAGCGUCUGAAUAUGCCAUUGAAUGAAAUCGAAACUAUGAAUCAAGUGCCUUUGGGAAAGUGGGAUUUAUGGAUACUGAGUCGCCUGGCCGACACUUUAAAGUUGUGCCACGAAAGUUUCGAAAAAUUCAACUUCCAUAUGGCCACAGGGGCACUAAAAAAUUUUCUCUACAGCAACCUAUGUGAUGUUUAUGUGGAAACAUGCAAACGCAACAUUAAUUUACAGAAGCCGGAGGGCUACAUACAUUGUGCAACACUGGCUACGGCCUUGAGUUGGUCUCUGCAAGCCAUGAGCCCCUUUACGCCCUUUGUCACAGAAGAAUUGCUGAAACAUUUACCCCCAAAUAUAGAUAUCGAUCUCAAUAGAUUCCAUGAUGUGCAAUUAGAAAAAGAAAUUUCACUGAUACUAGAGGUUUGUCAACAAAUACGACAACUAAAGAGCAGAAAUACAAUCAGUAAAAAACACGAUCCUCAUCUGUAUUUGUAUGGCCACAAUGAUGAGGCAUGCAACAUUUUGCAGCCAUAUUUGCAGGAAAUUCAAGCACUCACAUUAACAAACGGCAUACAUUUGAAAGCCAUUAAGGAAAAAUCGAAGCAGCAUUUGAAUCUAUUCUCCACAGCAGGUCAUCUAUGUAGUUUCGGUAUCAGCACAAAUGAUUCUUACAAACCUUCUUUGGGAAAAUCGUCAUCUGCCCAUGAUAUUAAUGAGCAAAAGUUACAAAAACUAGAAGCAGAUUUAAAACGCUACAGAAUGCGUAUGGACAAUGAAGGAUUUCGUAAAUCAGCUAGCCAGGAAGUUCAACAGAAACAUGCUGAAAAGAUUCAGCAGCUAGAGGUAGAAAUUGAGAAAAUCAAAUCUAUGAGCAGUUGAUAAGUCGGCAUCUGUUCUAAAGACCAAAUGUACAUAGUGUUGUUUUGCUAUUUAUAAUUUUUAUUAAAUGUUUGUUAUUUAAAUGACUCCAGUGCGGAUUAUUUGUGUUCAAAUAAAUGUUAUACACAAUUUUGCCAAGAACUUAA